AUGGGGAAACACAGCAAGAAUGCGGGCGUUAUGGGCGCCGAGUCCCUGACAUACCACGAACGCAAAGCGCUCGGAUUUGGGACUGUGUCGGAGCGUCUGGGCAAGGACUCCAUCGGCAAUUACUAUGACUGCCGCCUGACUCUACGUCCCGCCGUGGAUCCGGUGUGCACGCCAGACGGGUUCCUUUUCAGCAGGGAGGCCAUCCUGGAGAACCUGCUGGCCCAGAAGAAGGCGAACAAGCGCAAGCUGGCGGCCUGGAAGGCGCAGCAGGCGGAACGUCAGCGCAAGGCCGAGGAGAAGGCGGCGAUCGAGGCGGAGGCCGCGGUCCUGGCCUUUGACCGCCAGAACCACGCGGGCGCCAGCGCCGGCGCCGCCGCGCGCCUGACGGCCAGCAUCGCCGCAGAGGCCGACGCGCUGCUGGCGGACAAGCGCGUGGCCAGCGGCGCGGUCAACAUCCGCGCGCACGGCGAGCGCAUGGCGGAGAUGCGCGCCUUCUGGCUGCCCAGCAAGACGCCUGAGGCGGCGGCCAACCUGGAGGCGCCCGACGGCGUCACGCGCUGCCCAGCCUCGGGCAAGCCGCUGCGCCUGCGGGACCUGACGAGCGUGGCGCUGACCCCGCUGCCCGACGGCGCGGCGCAGGAGUUCAUGGACCCCGUCUCGCGCGAUCCCUUCACCAACGCCACGCGCCUCAUGGUCAUCAAGCCCACAGGCGACGUGGUGAGCGAGGAGACGUGGCGUACCUGCAUCCUGCCGGAGGGGUCGUACCGCGGCGUACCGCUGGGGCCCGAAGACGCCAUCGAGCUGCAGCGCGGCGGCACCGGCUUCGCGGAGCACGACAAGCAGGCGCAGGCCAAGAAGUUCUUCCACCUGGGCCCUGGGUCAGGGCUGUCGGACCGGCGGGGCCAGCACGGCGGACCCGUCUCCAAGUUCGGCCUCCGCAUCGCCAAUUGA